ACUGAUAUUGAGGUCUUUAAUCCUGGACUUGAGUUUUGUGCAUGGUGAUAGAUAUGGAUCUAUUUACCUCUCAUGUGUGCCUGCUUCAUAAACACAACCUUCAUGGGACAGUUUAAUGUUUCCAUAUGCACACCAUAAAAACACUGCAUUUUUAGGGAGGGUGAUUUUCCCUUUUACUAAAUUAACAUUAAAGGUAGAUAUAUAUUCUUUCAUAUUUAUAGUAUUAUAGUCUUAUAUUUUCUAUAAUUAUCAUACAGCACAGUAUAUAUACAGGUUUUGGGCACAUUUAUUUUACAAAGGUUACAUGUACUUUUCUGCACCUAGCUUUCUUUUCCAUUGUUUUGGGAGAGAGGGCAUCACUAUGUAGAUUUGGCUGUCCUGGAACUCACUAUGUAAACCAGGUUGCCUUUGAACUCAGUGUCAGUGUUGGGUUUAAAGGCAUACACUACCACCCCAACUUGUAUCUGUUUUUCUAAUUCAGUGGGAAUUAUGAAAUUUCUAAAGUCAAAGGAACAAACAACUUUAUUUUGGAGAGCAGCAUAAGGAGCUGGAGAGAUGUCUGGUCUGGUAGUUAAGAGCAGAGGACUGGAGACUGGUUCCCAGCAUUCUCAUGGAAUCUCAGAACUGCCUUUAACUCUAGUUCUGAGAAAUCUAAUGCCUUCUGUAGGCACCAACCAGGCACACAUAUAUGUUCAUGAAUAGACGCAGGGAAAACAAACACACACAUAAAAAAGAAAAAUACCUUCAAACAGUGGUUCUCUGCUGGGCAGUGGAGGCAUACACCUUCAAUCGCAACACUUUGGGGGCAGGUGGAUCUUUGAAUUCAAGGAUAGCCUGGACUACAAGUGAGUUCCUAGACAGCCAGAGCAACACAGAGAAACCCUAUCUCAAAAAAUUAAAAGACAGUUGUUCUCGAUGUGUGGCCUCUUUUGGGACUUGACUCCAAGAUGACCAAAAAAAGGAGAAACAACGGUCGUGCCAAAAAGGGCCGCUGCCAUGUGAAGCCAAUUCGCUGCACUAACUGCGCCCGCUACGUGCCUAAGGACAAGGCCAUUAAGAAGUUCGUCAUUCGGAACAUCGUAGAGGCGGCUGCCGUCGGGGAUAUAUCCGAAGCAAGUGUCUUCGACACUUAUGUGCUCCCCAAACUCUGUGUCAAGCUGCAUUACUGUGUGAGCUGUGCUAUUCAUAGCAAGGUAGUAAGGAAUCGAUCUCGGGAAGCUCAGAAGGACCGAAUACCCCCACCAUGAUUUAGACCUGCUAGUGCUGCCCCAUGACCUAAACCAAAGCCCAUGUAAAGUGGCUUCAUAAAGAUGAAAAAAUAAAAUGGGAUUUAUACUUAAAAAACAAAACAAAACAAACAAACAAACAAAAAAAAAACAGUGGUUCUCAACCUUCCUAAUGCUACAACCCAUUUAUAUAGUUCUUUCCGUUGUAAUGACAUUGUUACUCUGUAACUGUAAUUUUGCUACUGUUAUAUAUUGUAAGUAUCUGUAUAUGUAAGUAUCUGAUAUACAACCCCUGUGGGGGUUGCCACCCACAAGUUGAGAACCGUUGCCUUAAGAUAAAUUUAAAAGAAGCCAGCAUAAGAGCUUAUGCAUUUAUCAAAAUGUUCAAUCAUGCCUUUACUGAUGACUUUUCAGUGUUUCUAGUUUAGCCAUUUAUAUACUGUAUAUUACAAUAAACAAAUUAAAAUCUCUGUGUGUAUAUAUCCUUAUGUGCUUGCAUUCUCAUUUGUGGGAGAGGGGAUUGUCAUUUCUUAGAGGAAGUAGAGACUCAACUGAGGCCUUGCACAUGCUAAGCACACACUGUACCAUGAGCUACACUCUCAGUUCGUAUAGGCACUUUAACAAUGCACUACUGCAUCUGGCAUGGCGGCGCAUGCCUUUAAUACCAGCGUGCAGAGAGUUCAAGGCCAGCCUGAUCCACAUGGCUAGUUUCAGAACAGCCAGAGACGCUGUCUCAAACAAAACCAAACAAAAGUGUAGUAACAACUAAUGUCUCAAUUUUUUGUUGUGUAGCAUGUGUGCAACAGCCUUAACUGUCCUAGAAGCUCCUCUGCAGACCAGGCUAGCCUUGAACUAAGAGAUCUGUGUCUGUUGGGAUUAAAGGUGUACAACAUCACAACCAACCCUCAAUUUUAUUUUAUCUUUUUUUUUUUUUGAGGCAGGGUCUCUCUGUAGCUUUGGAACCUGUCCUAGAACUAGCUCUUGUAGACCAGCAGACCAGGCUAGCCUCCCGUCUAGAAUUUUAAGAAAUGUGACUCAUUUGUUUUUUUUUAUUUUUUUUUUAUUUUUAAUUUAACUGGUCUGUAUCUAGCCAAUCUCCUGUUUCUGCCUCCAGUCUUCCUGAUGACAUCCCUUUUCUGGUCUGGCUGUGACGCCUCCCUAUGAAUAUACUUCUCAAUUUCUUCACUUUUCUUGGGGUCCAAACACUUAACAGGCAGGCCCCUUGUAUAUUUCUUCACUGUUCUCCGGAACUAAUGUUCAAUUAUGUGUCAAUGUUCUUUUAUGAACGCUUUCCUCCUAAGCUAUUGGGCUUUUACCUCCUUACUUACUCUGAGCUUAUAUGGUUCUCCACUCAUAACCAUUGCUACCAUAGUGGACGCAAAACUAGUUCUUCCCUAUCUAUACCUUUAAACCUGACUGUUAGGUAAGAAAUGGUUAAGAUAAUAAAUAUCACAUAUACAGCUUCUGGUGGGGGGGCGGCGGCUGAAGAACUAGCUCAGGAAUAAGAACACUGUCUUUUCUUCCAGAGGACCUGGGCUUGAUUCCCAGCACCCACAUGGUAGCUUACAAUUGUCUGUAACUCCAGUUCCAGGGGAUCUGAGGCACAUGAUGACUAAGAAGGCCCUGUGUCCUUUGAAAAAAAAAAUCAAGAAAAUACCAAACACUG